AUGGCAUCAGAAAUGGCGAAGAGGUCACCUUCCCUUGAAAACUUUUGCAGGCCUCAAUCUGCUAUAAGGCUUCUGGCUUUCAUGGUGUUUCUGGGUUCCAUCUUCAUCUGGAUAGUGAAACCCACCAACACUUUCUAUUUAAACUGGCGCCCCGAGCUCGAAUCACAGACUCGUUCCGCAUAUUUUGGCUCCCAAGGUGCCUAUCUUUUAAUUUUUUGUUUUCCUGUAUUAUUCAUAGCCGUUUUGGGCUGUGUGUAUGUCCACAUAGCCAAAAAAGCCAAUAGCAUCAACCCGGAAAGUAAUGACGCAAAAUAUAAGAACCCUAUAUGGAAGCGUCCGGUGCUGGUCAAGGGACCUCUUGGAAUUGUGUCCGCCAUAGAACUAGUCUUCUUCGUUAUGUUCGUCGCACUCCUUGUCUGGUCUCUUUCUUCUUAUCUGAAAUCUGGCUUCUCCCGAAUCAACAAGCAAUCAGCAGCAAAAUCCGGCCACCAAGUAUGGCAGGAGAAAUUGGAAAGUGCAGCACUGAGGAUUGGACUUGUCGGGAACAUAUGCCUGGCUUUCCUAUUUUUUCCGGUGGCGCGUGGCUCCUCCGUGCUGCCACUGCUUGGACUCACGUCUGAGAGUUGCAUCAAAUACCACAUAUGGAUUGGCCACAUCGUUAUGACUCUCUUCACUCUUCAUGGUGCCUUUUAUGUCAUUUACUGGGCAUCCACCCAUCAAAUCUCUGAGAUGCUGAAGUGGGAUAAGAUUGGGAUAUCCAAUUUUGCAGGAGAGAUAUCUCUGCUUGGUGGCUUGCUGCUGUGGGGUGUGACUGUGCCUCGUAUAAGGAGAAAAGCUUUCGAGGUGUUCUUCUACACUCACUAUCUCUACAUCGUCUUCGUCGUCUUCUUCGUCUUCCAUGUCGGCAUGGUUUAUACAAGUAUUGUUCUACCUGGUCUCUACCUCUUCUUGCUUGAUCGUUACCUCAGAUUUCUGCAAUCACGACGCCAUGCUUGCUUGCUCUCUGCUCGCGUCUUGCCUUGUGACUCUCUGGAACUCAACUUCUCCAAAACCCCUGGGUUGGCUUAUAGUCCAACAAGUAUUAUGUUUAUAAACAUACCAAGUUACCAAAUAUCUCACCUGCAAUGGCAUCCUUUUACUAUUACUUCCAAUAGUAACUUGGAACCAGACAACCUUAGUGUUGUGAUCAAAAGCGAAGGAAGUUGGUCACAGAAGCUAUAUCGAAUGCUGUCGUCUUCUCCAACAGAUCGCCUUCAUGUCUCCGUCGAAGGCCCUUAUGGACCUGCGUCAACUAAUUAUCUCAGAUAUGAAACCCUUGUGAUGGUGAGUGGCGGCAGUGGGAUCACCCCUUUCAUCUCUAUCAUUCGCGAACUAAUAUAUCAGAGCACAACAUCCAAAUGCAAAACCCCAAAAGUUAAACUCAUUUGUUCCUUCAAGAACUCUACAUCUCUCUCAAUGCUCGACCUUAUCCUUCCAUUACCUGGCACCCCCUCUGAACUUUCCAACCUGCAGAUCCAAAUAGAAGCUUUCAUCACAAGAGACACAGGGCCCAAACCAGAUAAUAACCUUAAUCGGCAUCUUCGAGCCAUAUGGUUCAAACCUCAUUCAACUGAUGCACCCAUAUCAGCAGUACUGGGUCCGAGCCACUGGCUCUGGCUUGCUGCUAUAAUCUCAUCCUCUUUCAUUCUGUACCUUAUCAUUAUUGGCAUCAUAAACCGUUGCUACAUUUACCCUAUUGAGCAUAACUCGGACGGGAUAUUCUCGUACCCUUUGAAGUCAUUCUUGAACAUGCUGGUGAUAUGUGCUGCAAUAGGUGUAACUUGUAGUGCAACUUUUCUUUGGAAUAAGAAGCAGAAUGCCAAAGAAGCAACGAAGAUCCAGAACAUGGAAGGGCCAUCACCAACUGUGUCGCCAGCGUCAAUGACGACUUUCAAUGCAGAUAGAGAAAUGGAAAGCCUUCCAUAUCAGUCUCUUGUUCAAGCUACUAAUGUGCACUAUGGUGAAAGACCUGACCUCAAAAGAAUGAUUCUCGAACACAGAGAUGAGUCAAGCGUGGGAGUUCUUGUAUCAGGUCCAAGGAGGAUGAGGCAAGAGGUGGCAGCCAUCUGCUCUCGAGGUUUAGCUGAGAAUCUACACUUCGAGUCAAUUAGCUUUAGCUGGUGA